AUGACUCAUAUUUCCAAGAUGGCAACCUUUCUGGCUGUCAACUUGGUGAAGUAUCUGUGCACUUGCGCGAAGCGCCAGCCUAUAUGUAGAUUAUAUUUGUGUCGCCAUUGCUUGAAAUUGCGGUGUGGGGAGUGCGUGCAACAUGAGGUUGACACGCCGUACUGCCCGAACUGUUUGGAAAAUCUUCCCUCUGCUGAAGCCAAAAUGAGGAAAAACAGAUGUAGCAACUGUUUUGACUGUCCAAGUUGUGGCCACACGUUGAUGACCCGUGCCACCAGUCUAAUGGUAGCAAACCCUGAUGAUGCCAACAAGUCAACUCCUAAGAAGAUGUACUACAUGGCCUGUGGCUUCUGUCGCUGGACAACACGGGAUGUGGGACUAGCUGACCAGCUCUCUUCAAGUGGAGGAUGGCAGGACCAGGAGAAUGAGCAAGCCAAGCGGAUAAACUCCCUGUUGGAUUACCAUCGCCAGAUGUCCCAGCGAGAGAAAGCAGAAAAGGAGCGCAAGAAAUAUGUUAAGCGAAGGACUCAUCUUUACUAUUCGGAUAAGUAUGGGCUGACAUCUGUAGCUGCUGCCAAGAGAAAGUCCAUUGCUGCAAUGUCAAAUCUGAGUAUUAAGGAUGGGGAUGAAACACCUGCCCCUGUUGAGCCCGGGGAGACUGUAACAGACUUUGAUCCCCUACCCGAGGAGAUUUUCACUGAAGCUGUGGAUUUAUCUAAAGCGUCAAACAUGAGGCAGAGACUGGCCACUCCUGAGUUCCAACCAGCAGGUGCCCAGAAUCUGUACCCUCAGCACAAGCACCUGUUGAUCAGGAAGUCACUCAGGUGCAAGGAGUGUGAACAUAACCUGAGCAAGCCAGACUUUAACCCAGUCUCCAUCAAGUUCAAGAUCCAGCUUAUAGCACUGAACCAUGUCCCAGAGAUCCGCAUCUUGUCACCAGCUGUCUUCCUGCCUCAGAAGGAGACCCUGGUCACGCUGACACUGAGCAACCCAUCAGUGUACAAUACCACGGUGCACUUUCUGUCGCUGGAUGAUGAAAACGAGACUGGAGACGAGGUCAAUGCCAAAUGUGAGCUGCCAAAGGGAGAGCUAGUGAUAGCGCGACGUGAUGAUGCUGCUAUAUACGACGAUCAGAACCAGCUGCAGCAGGAGUUCAAGGAUGAUCCUGGGUGAGUCUCAACACUGGGGAGAAGCUGUGCUUCAGUUU